GCGUGCUUGCCCGGAGCCAUGGUUGGCUUUCCCGCGUCCGUCUCCAGUCUGAGUCGCAGGUUCCUUUUGCCGCUGGUGCUGCUGAAUCUGCCCUUCCAGGUAAUUCUUCCUAUGCUAGGAUCACACUCCAGACAGAGCCAGAACCCCUCCAACUGCCCCCUUGAUGAAUACUUGUCUAAUGGCAUCUGCUGCAAGUUUUGUCCUGCAGGUAUGUUUGCCCAGGAGCACUGCACGAUCUCCCAUACCUCAGGACAAUGUGAGAAGUGUGAGCCAGGAACAUUCACAAAGAGUGAAAAUGGCUUGGACUCUUGUAACCGUUGUUCCACCUGUUAUAAAGACCAGGAAAUGGUGGCUGACUGUUCUACCACCAGUGACCGGAAAUGCCAAUGCCAAACACAUUACUACUCUGACCCAGAAUCUCCAGAAUUGUGCCAACCAUGUACCAAGUGUCCCCAAGGAAUCCCUGUCCUCCAGGAAUGCAACUCCACAGCUGACACAGUGUGCAGUCGGUCUGCUUCAAAUAAAACAGAUCCCAGAGGCUGGCGCUUCCUACUGAUAUCAUCUCUGACCGUGCUAAUUAUUGCUGUUGUUGUCUAAUGUAUCAUAAGAAGAUAA